UUGGAGUUAGAUCCUGCUUUUCAAACUUCUGCCAAAAAUAAUUCAAUUUACAUCAGACAAGCGAAAAUGGGUCAGAAUUUCGACAAAUUCCUCAGCCCCACGACUCAUAUAAUCCGUGUGAGGACCGGGGAUAAGAAAUACGCCGGCACGGAUGCAGAUAUAAGCGUUCGUUUUCAUCAUGAAGGAGGCGAGAGCAGCACGUUGUUUAAGUUGGACGUUUCGUACCAUGAUGACUUCGUGAGAGGCCAAGUAGAUGAGUUUAAGCUAUGUGAACGUGAUGUUAGCGCGUCUUCGUUGAGCAGGAUUGAGAUAGUUCGAGGCCACGGCGGCCUCGGUUCGGAUUGGUUUUGCGACUACAUCGAAGUCGUUGACAACCGUAUCAAGAAAACUUACAUCUUCCCGGUCCAUCGAUGGAUCCAAGGCGAGCGUUCCCUUUACAUUCAUCUCUUUGACGCCGUUCUUCCAAAGGAUGAUGCUCACCAGGAUCAGAGGAAUAACGAGUUGGUGGUGAAGAGGACGCAGUACGAGUACAUGGCACAGGUUCCUGGGCUACCAGUUCAGGUGAAAAAUUUUCCCGAGGUCGAGGCAUUUUCGGACGAUUAUAAGCAUCGCUUUGAAGGAAAUGGGAAGAAUAGUGUUCUAACCGUAGUGUUAAGGACGCUGUUUUCAUCUGCAUCAAUGAAAACGCUCAAGCAAUAUGAAUCUGCAUUCAAGUUAUUCAGCCCACUCGGAAAACCAUCGUCAAUUGUCCAUUGGCGAGAGGAGAAGCAUUUUGGAGCUAUGAGAGUAAUGAGCUGUAACCCAUGUGUCAUCGAAUUGUGCACGAAAAUACCAGAGAAGUUUGGUGUUACUGCAGAAAUGGUGGAACCCUUCCUCGAAGGAAUGACCCUUUCUGAUGCCAUGGCAGCUAGGAAGAUCUACCUGACUGAUCAAAAGGCGUUGAUAGGUAUUAAAGGGAAUAAGAAAUUGCACAAGGACUUGCAGUUCUGCCAGCCUCUUGGUCUGUUCUAUGCGACCAAAGAUGACGAAAUGAUUGCGAUCGCCAUCCAGCUGUACCAGGAAAAGGGAGAUCAGAAUCCAGUGUUUCUUCCGAAUGACGACGCUAACCUGUGGACGAUGGUGAAGCUUUGGUACAACAUGGCGGAUUCAAAUCACCACCAAGCUGAGACCCAUCUAGGGAACACCCAUCUGAAAGCGGAAGGUGCAAGCAUUUGCACUCACAGGAACCUGUCGCCGUCUCACCCAGUCUUCAAGAUCCUCGCCCCGCACUUUCUGCACAUCAUGGCUAUAAACAAGUUAGCUUUAACCACUCUCCUAUCUGAAAACGGCGUUAUAAACUCAUUCUUCGCUGCCGGCUUGGACGGAGUGACGACAUUGUUUAAGGGGACCGACCGCUUCCGUCUAAACGUCGACAGUCACUUACCAAACGACGUAAAGGCCCGUGGGAUGGACGACCCCGAGGUUUUGAGAAACUACCCUUACCGUGACGACGCUAUGCUCUCGUGGAACGCCCUCCACAAAUAUGUGAAGAGUACAGUAGCACUUUACUAUGAGAGCGACAAGAUUGUACAGGAAGAUCAUGAGAUACAACAAUGGGGCAAGGAAUUGGUCGCUCCUGUUUGCGACGGCGGAAUUGGAAUGAGAGGCGUCCCGGGAAACGGAAAGUUCGAAACCGUCGCAGACCUGGUCGAAACUAUCACCUGCAUCAUCUACCUCUGCAGUGUGAAGCACGCGGCGGUCAAUUUCUCGCAGUACGAUGAGUACGGAUUUCCCGCUACCCGUCCGGCGCACCUGAUGGGAGAACCGCCUAAGAAUAAGGACCCACUCACGGAAGGACAGAUAUUGGCGGCGCUUCCCGAUAAAGUGAAAGGUUUGACAUUGGCUGCAGUCGCGAAAGUCCUAUCCAUGAGAGCUACGCAACCACUUGGGUAUUUUGAGACGACCUAUCUGUACGACCAAAGGGCACUGGAAAUUGCAAGCGAUUUGCGUGAGGACCUCUUGAAAGCAAGUCAAGUCAUCAAGGAGAGAAACAAGACGAGGACAUACCUGUACGACAUCUGUGAUCCAACUUUCAUUCCAAAUUCUAUCAGCAUUUGAUCAGGUUUAUCAAUCAUUACGGACACAAUAUAUGCGCCAAGCGGCGAUUUUGGAGUGACAUGCAGUAUGUUAAGUUAAACAAAUCACUUUUGGUAAAUGCAACAAUCAUAUAUUUUGUUUCUAACACCAUUUGGAUACACGGGCCGAAAGUUCAAUUGCUAUAUCUGACCGAAGUGUGAGGGAGAUUUGACAUUAUCACGUAGUAUGAAUAACUAGAAAUUAGGCCACUAUUAGGUCAGGAGGGCUUGAAACACUCAAUCUAAACACACAUUUUCUAUCAUUCCAGUUUUUAGCACCACAGAUAGAGGUUGUCAUAGUGCAUCGAGUUCAAGUGAGAGCACCUUCUGGUUUCUCCUUGAAUCCCCUGAUCGAUUUCUGUGGAGACUGGGAAAAAAAUAUGAUAUCCCAAAAGCGCUUUGAACAGGAAAACAUGGAAAAGCGCUAUAUAAGAACUCAAUAUAUUAUUGUCUAUAUAUCAAUACUGGAAGUGGUAAAAGUCUCUUUAUGUCUACUACCGCCUUAACCGCUUGAUGAAAUCUCCUAAUUUUUUUAUUUCUGUGGGAACGGGAAAAUAAUAUGAUAUCCCAAAAGCGCUUUGAACAGGAAAACAUGGAAAAGCGCUAUAUAAGAACUCAAUAUGUUAUUGUCUAUAUAUCAAUACUGGAAGUGGUAAAAGUCACUUUAUGUCUACGACCGCCUUAACCGCUUGAUGGAAUCUCCUAAUUUUUCGAUUUCUGUGGAGACCGGGAAAAUAAUAUGAUAUCCCAAAAGCGCUUUGAACAGCGAAACAUGGAAAAACGCUAUAUAAGAACUCAAUAUGUUAUUGUCUAUAUAUCAAUACUAGAACUGGUGAAUCGAACUUUCUGUAAUAAGCUGCUGCCUCCAGACUUCAAUUUCUUGUCUUUUAGGUUUCAGGGACAAAGGCUGUUAUCGGUAGUGUUCUUCGCUUCCUCCAUUCCGUCAAAUGGAUACUUUGUUGUCUGUCUUCAAUAAAUACUUUAAAAGUUA